UUCAUUUUUACGCAAAACUCUCUCUCAGUAGUGAAUUGAGUCCACUCUCCCGCUAUACAGAGCAAGUCUUUCUUCAUUUUUACCCUGUCACCUUACACUGUAUUUAGUAGUACUAGUAGUACCCUGGAAAGAAGUUUGCCCUAAUCUUCAACAAUCAUCCAAUCAUCUUCUUCUCUGAAGAAAAAACUAGGGUUUCUCACACAUUCAAAUCUCACGGACUGAAGAACCCUAAAUCACUAUUGGACAUCUCCUGGGAGCGCUUCAUUUUCAGGGUUCUUCUUCACUUUUUCGAAAUCUUUUACGAGUAUUUAGGUGUUAAAUUGAUGAUUGAAAUCUUUUGCUUAGAGUUGAACCACUGAGAUGAAGGAUAAUGAGGUAAUGGCAGGUCAAGAUUCGACAGAUACAUCAGGAGGAGAAGAAGAAAUGGUUCAUGAAGAAGUAGAGGAGCAUGAGGAGUCUGUUCAUUCAGAGGGUGAUCAAAGUCCUGAUGAGAAUGGGAUUGAACACAAUAUAGAUGACGACGAGGAUGAUGAUGAACCAGAAAGGAGUAAACGGGAUGAUCCUGACGAAGAAGACAAUGAGGAGGAGGAAGAAGAAGAUGAAGAUGAUGAUGAUGAUGAUGAAGAGGACGAUGAGGAUGACGAAGUGAGUCCUGUAAAUCAUGUUGUAGCUGCUGCACGGACAGAGCAUAAAUUUGUGGUGGAUGACGAUGAAGAAGAACUUAACCAUGAGGAGACUGGUGUACAGGAUCUUCGAAGACAUAGAGAAAAUGGUGUGAAGGUGGAGGUACUACCAAAAAAGGAAAUGAGUAUCGAGCAUCACCGUCUCAGCACAGAAGGUUCCAACCAGUCGUUUGCUACUGACGUACACAUGGUUGAGGGUGAUGACCCUGGAACUGAAGAAGAGCAGGCUGCAUUCAUGAAAGAACUAGAGAAUUUCUUCAUGGAGAAGAGCAUGGAAUUUAAACCGCCAAAGUUUUAUGGAGAGGGUCUAAAUUGCCUCAAGUUAUGGAGGGCGGUAACUAGGUUGGGUGGCUAUGACCAGGUAACCACUUGCAAGUUGUGGCGACAAGUUGGGGAAUCUUUUAACCCUCCAAAAACUUGUACCACGGUCUCUUGGUCAUUCCGGGGUUUCUACGAGAAGGCACUUCUGGAGUAUGAAAGGCAUAAAAUGCAUGGUGGUGAGCUCCAUAUCCCUGCAUCCCUGGCAAAUCCCUCAAGUGCUGAACGUCAGGUCAGUGGUCAUCAAGCACCAGGACCUGGUAGGGCAAGAAGAGAUGCAGCUGCACGAGCCAUGCAGGGUUGGCAUUCUCAGCGUCUGCUUGGGAAUGGUGAAGUUGGUGACCCUAUCAUUAAGCCAAACAUGUUUCUUGUUCAGCAGGAGAAAAACUCUAUUUCUACGCCAAAGCGUGACAAACACCUUAAAAACAUUGCUAUUCCGUCAAGUGCUCUGAAGCGUAAAAAAGCAUCUAUCAUGGAGCGUUCUGUCAAAAGUGCACAUACUACUUUCAAAACAGCUAAGCCGCAGGUGGAUACCAUGGUUGCUGAUAUUGGAAAUCCAGCUGAUUGGGUGAAGAUUAAUGUUCGAAGAACUGGAAAUGAUGCCUUUAUGCAGAAAGAUUGCUUUGAGGUGUAUGCUUUAGUCCCUGGGCUUUUACGUGAGGAGGUGCGCGUCCAGUCAGAUCCAGCAGGUCGUUUAGUGAUUUCAGGUGAUCCAGAGCGGCCAGAUAAUCCAUGGGGCGUCACACCUUUCAAAAAGGUUAUUAGCUUACCUUCGAGAAUCGACCCGCAUCAAACCUCUGCUGUGGUAACUUUACAUGGCCAAUUAUUUGUACGCGUCCCAUUCGAGCAGUCAGAUUUGUAGAUUAUGCAGCUAGUCUUUUGUCUUUUGAAGUAGUCACAUGCGUUUGAAGAAGAGAAAAUUAGAUAAUGUUGUGGAAGCAACCAGGCGGCAAAAACUUAUAUAUUAGGAGCCUUUUGAAGCAAAUUAACAAGUCCCUUGCAAACCUAGAUCUAAUAGUUUCAACCGUGUGCUUUUCAAAAGCUUUGUAAAACUAUGUAUGUUUCUGAAGGGCAUAUUUCUGUUUGUAGAUACGCAAAGAUUUCAAUUGUUUAUAGGUUAUGAAAUUUUAAUAUCUACGUUCCAGAUGCAUGGAGUAAAACAGUUGGGUUCGAGAAAUGUGAUCACUAGUGGGUGUUUUACUGUUA